AUGGCCUACUCUCACCGAUCAAGCGUCUCAGGCGGUAAUUUUCACGAUUAUGAUGCAUUCGGGGUGUACGUUCAGAACAUCUCGUUUCAGUGUUCAUAUGAGGAUAUUGUAUACAUUUUUAAUGAAGAUGGGGGCAUGAAGGAUUGUUAUAUGCCAUAUAAUAAUGAUGGAACGUGGCACCGUGGCAUUGCCAAAAUCCGGUACUGUGGUAAGCGGCACCAAAUGUUGGCCCUCGAGAAUAAUGGACGACUGGUGUACAACCGACCCCUGAAAGUUUCCGUUCUGUAUACCAACCGUAGAACACACCGGAAUAAUUAUAACGAUCCAAAUUGUUGUUAUAAUCAACCUUGUUAUGAGGAAGAGCAAUAUGUCUCUGAUCAUCAGUCACAAGCCUAUCCCCAGGUGCCUCGUGAGACACCUUACCAUGAUGAAAGUGAACAUGGUCGUCGUGUGGAGAGCAGUCGUCUACACCCUCGGAAACGACCUAUUGCACAGGAAACUGACAAGUCGUACAGUGAGGCGAAGAAGGCUCGCCUUCACCCUCGGAAACGACCUAUUGCACAGGAAACUGACAAGUCGUACAGUGAGGCGAAGAAGGCUCGCCUUCACCCUCAGAAACGACCUAUUGCACAGGAAACUGACAAGUCGUACAGUGAGGCGAAGAAGGCUCGCCUUAACCCUCAGAAACGACCUAUUCCUCAGGAGACUGUAGAGGUGGCGUGUAAUGAGGAGGAGAACGACCAUCUUCCCCCUCAGGAACGACCUAUUCCACAGGAAACUGUAGAGGAGGCGUGCAAUGAGGAGGAGAACGACCAUCUUCCCCCUCAGGAACGACCUAUUCCACAGGAAACUGUAGAGGAGGCGUGCAAUGAGGAGGAGAACGACCAUCUUCCCCCUCAGGAACGACCUAUUCCACAGGAAACUAGAGUCGUGCACAAGGAGGAGAACGACCAUCUUCCCCCUCAGGAACGACCUAUUCCACAGGAAACUGUAGAGGAGGCGUGCAAUGAGGAGGAGAACGACCAUCUUCCCCCUCAGGAACGACCUAUUCCACAGGAAACUGUAGAGGAGGCGUGCAAUGAGGAGGAGAACGACCACAUUCCCCCUCAGGAACGACCUAUUCCUCAGGAAACUGUAGAGGAGGCGUGCAAUGAGGAGGAGAACGACCAUCUUCCCCCUCAGGAACGACCUAUUCCACAGGAAACUGUAGAGGAGGCGUGCAAUGAGGAGGAGAACGACCAUCUUCCCCCUCAGGAACGACCUAUUCCUCAGGAAACUGACGACGAUUCGUCCAGUGACGAGGAUGACGACGAUUCGUCCAGUGAGGAGGAGGAUGACGAUUCGUCCAGUGAGGAGGACGAUGACCAUCUUCCCCCUCAGAAACGUCAACGUCCACAGCAAACUGACGACAAGUCGUCCAGUAAGAAGGAGGACGACCAUCUUCCCCCUCAGAUACGUCUACGUCGUCUCUCGGAAAGUGACGAUGAGUCGUCGUCCGUUGAGAAGAGGAAAAGUCUUCCAUUGACGUUGAUGGGGACGACACUUUGUCUCUCGGAAAGUGACGAUGAGCCCG